CCCGAAAACAAUUUUUUUCUUUCUUGCUGUUGUCUCUGUCUCUCUCUCGUGAUGUCGAUUUCCCCUAAACCCCAUCAAAAACCCUUACCUCGUCAGUGGGAAGGCGGAUAAAAAUGCGUUAAGUUCAUUCCUUUAUCAGCUAAUCUACAAUGAAACGAGCAUACAAGCUUGCCGAAUUGCGGACAUGUUUGGCUACACCCCGUAUCUCCCACUACCACCAUGAGAGAAUCGCUAAACCUUCUGCCCCGAUUCGUUUUAUUUGUCAAGAUACAACUCAAACGCCUUCCAGCGAUGGGGAGAAAAGGAAGUUUGGGGAUUUAGCAUCUUUAUUCCAAGAUAAAUUAAUUUGUAAGCGAGCGGAGGUGAAUGGGGGAAAAUAUUUAAAAGAGACGGUUGCCGAAUUGAAGCAUGAGAUUUUGGCUCAGGAAGAAGAUGUCGAGAAAAUCGACAAUAUUCUAGAAGAAAAGGGCGUCGCCCUCUUUCGGAGGUACUAUGAUGGAUCGGCGAUCAUUGAGCUCUUGAAACAGCUGCAGAGUUUUCCCUCUGUGGCUAUGGAGGUUCUCGGAUGGAGGAGGAAACAACUUGAUUAUGCUUCUCCAAUGACAACGGCGGAGUACUCAAUAGGUAUUGCUAUAGCUGGUAGAAUGAACAAACUUGAUGUUGCAGUUGAACUUUUCAAAGAGGCAUGCAAUAAACAACUAAAGGGAACAUCUUUAUAUAAUGCUCUUAUGAGUACCUACAUGAAAUCUGGUCAGAGUGUAAAGUGCCAGUCGGUGUUUCGUGACUUGAAGAAGGAUUCCGCGUGUACUCCGUCGAUCAUAACUUACAACAUACUCAUUUCAUCAUUUGGCCACCUGAUGCUUGUAGAUCACAUGGAAGCAACUUUUAGAGAGUUAAAUGAUUUAAACAUCAAGCCAACUAUCCAUACGUACAGGGGGUUGCUUUUUGGUUAUAUUACCGCGUGGAUGUGGGACGAGAUGGAAAAGACUUACUUGGCGAUGAAAAAUGGGCCAGUCAAACCUGACCUAGAUAUUCAUCUGCUAAUGCUUCAAGGGUAUGCACUCGCUGGUAAGCUGGAAAAGAUGGAGGAAAUAUAUAAGAUGGUGGGGGAUUAUGUUGAUGCUAAAGAUAUUCACUUGAUUAGAAUCAUGAUACAUGCUUACUGUAUGAGCUCCAAGGCUGAUAGAGUUCAGAGGGUUGAGACACUUUUCAGCAAAAUUCCGAAAAGUGACUAUCGACCCUGGGUGAAUGUGCUAUUGAUUUGUUUAUACGCAAAGGAGGACUUAUUGGAACAGAUGGAAAAUUCAAUAAACGAGGCGUUUGAGCGUAAAAUCUAUGUUAUAGCAACUAAUGUGGUGAGAUGUAUCAGUUCGAGUUACUUCAGACAACGUGCAGUGGACAAACUGGAUGACUUUGUACAGCGUGCUGAACUUGCAGGCUGGAAACUCUGUAGAUCACUUUACCACUGCAAAAUGGUAAUGUACGCUUCAGAGAUGCGCCUUUCUGAAAUGGAGAGAGUUCUUUAUGAAAUGAGUAAAAUAAAUAUGCACUGGUCAAAGAAAACUUUUUGGAUACUGUAUUGUGCAUAUGAAAGGUGGGGUGAAAGAAGUAAGCUUGAGCAGGUUAUUGGAAUGAUGUGUAAAAAUGGAUACGAAAUACGUAGUGGUCCACUAGAUUCAAUGAAAUAUCUCGAAUUUUAGAAGUACAUUUAUAAUUCCUGAGCAAGAUGAAUGAUCUGAUAGUAAUCCAGACGCCAAAGUUUGCUAUCAAAGAUGAAGUGAAAAUUUCAUCGCAUUCCAAGGUAUGAUCGUUUUCUAUCAUUUGAGUGUAACUGAUUAUUGACAUGUUAGUGAUCUGGUUGUUAAAUGCUAAAAACACACAUGUUGUCUGUGGAUUACUAUAUGAAUUUUUCUUUCCAUUUUACCUGUUUUAUUUGGCCAAUAUGUAGCAAUGGUGGUUUCCAUGUUACUGGACAGUAAGGUCUAAAUAAAAGUUAUUGGCUUCAUUCUAGAAGUGGUAGCUUUUUGACAUAUCUCGUUGUCUUCCUAGAAUUUUACAAUACUUCAGGUUGCAUUCUGAUUUGAUUUAGCGAGGAGAGUUUGGAAAAAGACUUCAAAUGGUUGUCAUUAUCAUUCUAAUGAGUUUCAGUUGUAGUGACCCAUACAAUUCUCAAAGUAUCUGUUUCUAUGGAUCUUCAAUCUGAUGCCAACUGCAUUUAAAUCACGGAACCUGGAUAAUGUUGCUAUGUUUUUUGUUUUCCCAUAUUUGAUCUCUGGAAAACAUUUUAUUUUUGUGAUCGGAUCUUUCAUUUAAGCAGUCUUACUAAGGAUUAGAUGGUUUUGAUGUUUUUUUAGUUGGUCCGGUGAUGUGCAUAUGAUAAUGGAGGAAAAGUGUUGGUAUAUUUGUGUAGUCUAGAGGCGUCAUUAGUCCCAAUAGUUGAAUACAAGGUGGAAUUGAAAUGGUCCUAUCUGUAACAUAAGUUAUGCUAUUUCUUAUGUUUUUAUUUAAUAGUUAGUACAAGAUAGGAUAAUUAUAUCUCUAGAAAUAUUUGAAAAAUCAUAAAAUAUAUAAUCCUCGGCAAAGUCUACUUUCGGUGGCUUAUCUCUUUCAAGUGUCAAUGAUACAUAGUUUCAAGAUACUAGCUUAUCUUCUAUUGUUUUACAUUUACUCAGCAGAUUGAAGGGAAAAGGAGGAGUUGUUGUGUAUGGAUUAUGUUUUGGGAGCAUUGUUUUAACCUUCUUUCUCUGAAGUUUCGCAUUUCCACAUUUAUGCAGAAUGCUUAGUGAAAAUUGUUUGUACAUUUUUAUUUGUCGUUGCAGAUUGCACAUUCCCAGAUUAGCACACUGGAAGUUUUUAUUCCUAGAGAUGCAAGAUGGUUUAUGCGAUCAUUUUUAACAUGCGUAAUUUUUGCCUUACCUCGUGUGAGGACUUCGACUCCCGAUUGCUGCUGCUAUUUUUCUUUGGUGUUGUAUAAUCUUGAUCUUCUUCUAGAGUGAUGGACAAUACAUGUUCCUGAAAAGUAGUGAGGUUUUUUUGGAUCUGUGAAGCAUUCAUUUCUUGCA